CGGUGCCUAGAGAGGCUGCGGCCGCGGGUCGGAGCCCCGGGUACCCGCGCGAGGUCUUCUGCUGGUCCCCGGGCCGCGGAGUCGGGACUUACAGGAGGGGCGCCCGCUCGUCCCCACCCCGCUCCGACCAGGGGCCCGCCAGGCGCGGGCUCUGAGGACCGGUGCGGGCGGCGGGGCGGCGGAUCGGGUCGUUCUCCCAAGUGUCCGCCCACCAAGUGGCUCCAGGCCCGAGUUCGCUCGGUCGGCUGUGCGGCAGGCUGGGGCCAACCUGUCCGGAGCGCGCAGCCGAGGCGCCUGGCGCGAGGAGGGAGGGCGGCCCUGGCAAAGAUCCCUGGAGCCAGAAGGUCGAAGGCGCGGGAGGAGGCAGAGGCCUUUGCGAGGCGGCCCCGGGAGGCCGGCGGGGGAUUGACUGUCGGAGACUCCUGCCAUGGCCCAGCAGAGAGCCCUGCCACAGAGCAAGGAGACGCUGCUGCAGUCGUACAACAAGCGACUCAAGGACGACAUCAAAUCCAUCAUGGACAACUUCACGGAGAUCAUCAAGACUGCCAAGAUUGAGGAUGAGACGCAGGUGUCGAGAGCCACUCAGGGCGAACAGGACAAUUAUGAGAUGCACGUGCGAGCUGCCAACAUUGUCCGAGCCGGUGAGUCCCUGAUGAAACUCGUGUCUGACCUCAAGCAGUUCCUCAUCCUCAACGACUUCCCAUCAGUGAACGAGGCCAUAGACCAGCGCAACCAGCAGCUGCGUGCGCUGCAGGAGGAGUGUGACCGGAAGCUCAUCGCCCUGCGGGAUGAGGUCUCCAUCGACCUCUACGAGCUGGAGGAGGAGUACUACUCGUCCAGCUCAAGUCUUUGCGAAGCUAAUGACCUGCCUCUGUGUGAAGCUUACUGGAGGCUGGACCUCGACACAGACUCCACUGAUGUCCUCUCAGCCCCUCUGCUGGCAUCCCCAGAGCCCAGCACUGGCCCCCUGCAGGCUGCAGGUCCUCCACACUCCCACACUGGCGGCCCCGGCCCCACAGAGCACACCUGAGCCUCCCAGGGCUGUCCUGCCCAGGCCCUAGGAUCUCAGGAAUGAGAUCUCAGGCUCUCCUCUGGCCCACCAUAGCCUGCUCCCUUCAGUCUUGGUUCCCGUCUGGGAAGCCGCAUUUGCCUCCUCGGGAACCUUGUCUGCCCACCGAGUGCUGGGGAGGAGUUCCCUCAGCUAUUUGCAGGGUGGUUCCUGCUACACUACGUCAUUUUUACUCCCUACCUUCCUGGCAGGCUGUGUGGAAGGAAGUUUCAAGGACAGUUUGUAGUGUUGAGGACCUGAGAGUGGGGCCGAAGACCUGACCCGAGACUGCUGUUUAAAAUGGGUUGCGGUGGGCUCCGGGUGGACAUGCUAGCCAUGCCCAGACUCCCACCCUUAGGCCAGGCCUCCUGUGCAGAGCCUGGGCUAGCUAACUGCCCCUGCAGGGCCGAGCAUGGGAAGAAGAGGCCCCUAUCGGCGCCAACAGAAGCAAGGUGUUGGGGAGUGGUCCUUCCUUAUCCUGCUGCCAUGUACAUCCUGGUAGCAAGACAUACACGCAUGUACAACAGUAGCAAAACUGUGGAAUAAAACAGCGUCACGCUUUU